AUGUCUUUUUCUCCUCCUGGUGCAACGCACAGGUUUAAGCAUACAGUAGGCCUAGUAGUUAGCGGUGGGUCAAUUCUUGUGCUUCUGGCUCUUGGUGCUCCCUUGGUAACACGUAGUAUCAAGCAACAGAAGGCGGAAAAAAGAAAAUACAAGUUUUUCAAGCAAAAUCAUGGGUUGCUGUUUCAGCAAUUAGUUUCACAAAGGGCAGACAUGGGUGAGCGGAUGAUUAUCACCUUAGCAGAGCUAGAGAAGGCCACAAACAAUUUUGACAAAACUCGUGAGGUUGGUGGUGGAGGACAUGGCAUCGUGUAUAAAGGCAUUCUGGAUCUACAGGUUGUAGCCAUCAAGAAAUCAAAGAUUAUCGUACAGAGAGAAAUCGAUGACUUUAUUAAUGAGGUUGCAAUUCUUUCUCAAAUCAACCAUAGGAAUAUCGUGAAGCUCAUUGGAUGUUGUCUGGAGGCAGAAGUCCCAUUGUUAGUUUACGAGUUCAUUUCAAAUGGAACUCUUGAGCAUCAUCUGCAUGUAGAAGGACCAAUAUCAUUAUCAUGGGACGACCGAUUAAGGAUUGCACUUGAGAUUUGUACAGCUCUAGCCUAUCUACAUUCCGCUGCUUCAAGACCAGUUUAUCAUAGAGAUAUUAAGUCCGCCAACAUACUUCUUGACGAAAGUUUGACAGCCAAGGUAUCAGAUUUUGGGGCUUCAAAGUUUAUUCCUAUUGAUCAAACUGGGGUCACUACUGCUGUUCAAGGAACGAUUGGCUACUUAGAUCCCAUGUACUAUUACACAGGUCGUCUAACAGACAAGAGCGACGUUUUCAGCUUUGGCGUACUUCUCGUUGAACUUCUUACCAGAAAGAGACCACUCGCCUAUAAUUCAGUUGAUGGAGAUAGUCUUGUUCUACAUUUUGCGUCAGUAGUUACAGAAGGUGUCCUGGCUGACUUACUGGAUCCUCAGGUCAUGAAAGAGGAAGAUGGAGAAGUCCAAGAGGUAGCUGCUCUGGCAGAAAAGUGUGUAAGGUUGAAUGGAGAAGACCGCCCGGCAAUGAGAGAAGUGGAGAUGAUACUUCAGAACGUGCGGAUCAAGAGGAAGCAAGCUGCACGUGAUGCAACAUCAAGGAGGUAUGAUGACGACCAAUUUUCUACUGAUGACAUGUCCACUGAAAGGGACAUCGAGGAACUGAGUAUGCAGUACACUGUGGAAGAGGAAGUAUUCUUGUCAGAGAGGCUGCCUCGAUAAUGUCCUGUUUCGGGCUCAAGUACAUUUCUAGUGUAUGUAUGAUACCUUCCUUUUUGGAACUUGUUGUAGCCCCUUCAAAUGCAUGUCAAAUCAAGGAAGUACAGUACACAAGGGUCAUAGGUUGGACAAAUACAGGGAGAUGCUGGGGAGGAAAGCAGAGGAGCAGGUCGCUGAGUUCAUUCAUCAUUCUCAUUUGAUGCUAACAAAGGCGAGAGGUGAAGAUAAUUAAGGGUGAAGAAGCACUUCAGCUCCUAGUGCUUUUUUCUGAAGCCAAGUCCAUUGCUCGUAGUAGCUUCGUAGAUGAGGGCGCUGCUGACGAUGCCUCCUUACUUGGGACACUUUUGUUUAGUUGGCACUUUGGCAGGAGUAGUUAACUGAAUUAGUUUUUGUUUGUUGGGUUUUUGUAAAGGCUCUUGUUUGUUUGACAUGCUGUUGCUAUGCACUAUACUUAUUUUUAGCAGGGAUAUAAGUGAAAACUGUUUGCAAAGUAGGUUUGGAAAAAAAACAAGGUUUAUCAUUUCGACCA